GCCUGGGACUUGGCAUCGGUACCGUGGGAGUGAAAACUAUUGUGUUGUGCAUUUAGGCUAGACUGCGUAGUCGCGAGAGACGGAGUUUUGAUACUGUUCUUAGGGCGCUGGCAGGGCGGGUUGUGUUUCAGAAUUGGGUUAAUUGAUUCAGAUGAUCAGGAAUUGCAGCGUGCAGUGACCUAGCAUGGAGUAACAGCUGAAUCCUGAGGGAAGGUGGCACCAGAGUUGUAGCUGCACUAGAAUAACUAAAUAAGGACAGGGUAGAUGAGAGACUGCUGCCCACUGGGGAGCCGCCCGCCAAACCACUUACUGUGUGCGGCAAGGAAACUGUUGUGAGACUCUUCAGAGCGCCCACGGGAGAGGAUUUGUUACUAAUGGCUCUCUCCGGUAGCCAAGCCGGUUGGGAGGCUGUAGGAGGCUGGCCCGCACUUUUGGUUUGCGUGCUUGUGGCCUUGGUGAGUUGGCUCAUUCGCCUGGCUAAGAGGAGAAAUACGAAGCAGCCGCCACCACCACAUUGCAGCCCACAGUCCAGUGGGGAAAUGCUGCUAGUGGAGCAUAGCAUGGAUACAAUCCUUAGCCAGCUUAAACUCCUAAACCCAGAUCAGCUUCGGGAAGAAAUAAUAAAAACUGGCCUGACGUGUGGGCCAAUUACAUCUACUACCAGAUUCAUUUUUGAGAAGAAGUUAGCACGAGCAAUUUUAGAGCAACAGGGAAUAGACUUGGAGACAUUAAAUUGUUCCAAUGGCAGUGCAGCAGCUGGUAAUAGCUCUGAUGAUCGUGACUUUGGAUACAAUGUUGGAUUGAACCCACCUGCUGAAGAGGCCACUGCAACAGAAACUAAUUAUUUUGUCCCUGGAAAGUUGUCAGAUUACUCUGAGAAAUGUGCUGAAAUUGCCAAGGAACCUUCAAUAUAUUAUGCAGUCUGUCCUGUGUUUGAGGACUCACCGGCUAAAGAUGAAAAGAUUCACAUAUACAUAGAUAAAAAAGAAGCCAUGCAGGUUGUUAAGAUGUUAAAGGGCUCACGGUUUAAGGCUUUCCCAUCCAGAGAAGAUGCAGAAAAAUUUGCAAGAGGAAUUUGUGACUACUGCCCAUCUCCUAGCAAGACUUCACUCACUAUGUCGCCUGUAAAACUUAGUCCUGCACUUGUAAGAGAUUUGGCUUCAUCACCAGAAAUUGAAAGCCUUAAUAAGGAAAAAGCAAAUAGCUUCAAGAGUCCAAGGACUCAAGACCUAACUGCAAAACUGAGAAAGGCUGUUGAGAAAGGAGAGACAGCCACAUUUUCAGAACUGAUUUGGAGUAACCCACGCUAUCUUAUAGGCUCUGGUGACAACCCAACAGUGGUACAGGAAGGGUGCAGAUACAAUGUCAUGCAUGUGGCUGCGAAAGAAAACCAGGCUGGCAUCUGCCAGCUACUUCUGGACACUUUAGAGAACCCGGAGUUUAUGCGCUUAAUGUACCCAGAUGAUGAUGAAAUUAUGCUGCAGAAACGUAUUACAUAUAUCGUUGAUCUGUAUCUCAACACCCCAGAUAAAAUGGCAUUUGACACUCCUCUUCACUUUGCUUGCAAGUUUGGCAAUGCAGAUGUUGUAAAUGUACUGAGUUCACAUCCUGACAUUAUAAAAAAUUCCAGAAACAAGUACGGACAGACUCCAGAAGAGGCUAUCUGCGAAAGAAGCAAAAAUAAAUCUGCUGAAUUAAAAGCCAGAAUCAGAGAAUAUUUACAAGGUCACUAUUAUGUCCCUUUAUUACGUGCUGAAGAUAAUUCCUCCUUUCCUAUCAUUGGUGCACCAUGGUCACUAGAACCACAUGAUAAUAUCUCACAUACCAGGUUCUCUGGCAGUCCUAAAGAUCCACUGUUAGCUGUGAAAGCAUUUGCAGGUCCCAUGAGCCCUUCCAAGGCAGAGGAUUUUAGGAAACUAUGGAAAACCCCCCCGAGGGAAAGAGCAAGCUUCUUCCACAACCUCCGAAAAACUGAUUCAGAGAGGGGAACAGAAAGAGUUGGAAGAGAGCUGGCUCACGAGUUGGAUGUACCCUGGGUGGAAUAUUGGGCUUUUCUGGACUGUUUUACAGACCUUUCUUCUUCUGAAGGUCUGGGGAAAUUGGAUACAUAUUUGAGGAAUAGGGAAGAAAGUGAGAGGGGGCAACAUUAUCCUGAUCAUGGGACCUGCAACAAAUAUAAGACACCAUCCCCUUCAGGUAAAAGUAAAAAUUGUUGCAAUUCCAUUUCUGUUGGUGCAUUUCUGGAUGACGAAGAAGACCUGAGCCUUGAAGAGAUUAAAAAUCGCCAGAAUGCAGCACUGAAGAAUAGCCAUCAAACUUCUACCAUAGAGGCAAUCACACUACCUGAGUGCAUUAUGGACACCUCCAUCCUACAUAAAAACACAUUCCAGAAUGGUGCCAGGUCUGCUUUAUGUAGCAAUAUGACCAUUUCAGAUGAUAAAUGUCUCCAUGGUAUGGAAAAAGGAUUAAAAUCUCCAGUUUCCAAUCUUAUGGCCGAAUUUGAGAAACUUGCAAUAUUUGACCCAGUGGAGGCCACAAAUGAAACACAGAAUGAGGACUCCUCAUCCUGUAGUGGCGAGAACAUGAUAGCAGAAAGACUAAACCAAGUGACUAUUUCUAAGGACGACAAAGAUUCAACAAAUUGGAAUGCAAAGCAGACAGAUAAUUCUGAGUUGUCACAGGUUGAGCAGUUGCUUCCAGUGCUCAGCCUUAAAGACAAGUCUUCACCAACAGGAAACCUAUCCCGGUCACCUUUAUGUGCCUCUUCCAUGUCUCCCACUCCAAAGUUCACUAUGAAUACUCCCCUCAAGAAUCAGAUCAUCAGGGCAACCUUCCUUCUGGGUGGAGAGCCUUCCAAACUUGACAGCGAUGUCCUAUCUGCUUUAGAAAAGGUGGAAAUUGAUGACCAAAAAUACCCCUAUGUUUCCAAAUGGAUACAUUCUGUGCUCUCCUACCCAAGUACAGAACGUCAAAGUUGGCCAAGCCCAGCAGUUUUGUCAGCAAGAGGCAGAUCACAGAUGUUAGGCUCUCCUGGAAACCUCACCUAUUCUACUCCUGGUCGACACAGUCCCAUUCCAGGAAGUCCAGUAAAAUACAUGAACACUUCAGAUUAUGGUAGCCCAGGAAGGUACAGCCCAGCCUAUGCCAGCCAUAUUCAGCUACUGAGAUUGCGCAAUUUCUCGGACCUUUCUGGCAUAUAGCGUACUAUUUCUUCAGCUAUGAUUAAUGCCAUGUGAAACACAACCCUAUUAAUAUCACUGACCUUCUCAUCGCUGUGGACUAGAAGAAUGGUGUCUUCUCUUUUGUUAUGAAGCCAUGGAGUAAAAUGUGAUCAUUAAAAUUGCUUACACUUGUUGGCCUCUGUGACAGAUGUGAUUAUGGGAUUGCGUUAAUGUGUUUCGGAUCAUUGACGGUGUCUGUCUUAAAAAUCUGUAACUGUCAGAGUAGAGAACCUUACCAAGUAAAUAUGUCUAGCACAUAGAGCAAUAA